GAAGCGCGCCACAUUCGAUCAGCCGUUUCGUUUGCGCUCUUGUUUAUGUUUGCGUUUGAUUGGAUUUUUUCUUGUACUGUCUAUGGAUUGGAGCAGAAAGAGAAGCGCCAUGUUUGAUUCGUCUCGGUCUGGCAGGAUUCAAACGCGUUUGUUGUUUACUGGCAGUAAUAUUCACUGAAGCUGGAAAUGAUUACUAUUAUGACUCUACAAUGAGCGCGAAUCAGAGGACUUUAUUCCAGACAUGGGGCUGCAAUGUGUCUCGCACCUCAGAACGGAACAACACUACCUCAGAACGGAGGAAAACCACCGCAAACCGGAGAAAAACUACCGUUACCGUUACCUCAGACCGGAUUAAAACCUCCGAGAAGACAGACAGCAGGAGUCUGUGGGGUGAGACACCAACAGCAGCCGCUGAGGAAGAUGACGAUGAUGAUGUCAUGCUCGUGGCCGUGUACGAGGCCGAGCGCGCGCUGGAGGCCGGUCCGGAACCGGGCUUCGACCCGUCCGCGGGCCGCAUCUGGAUCUACCCCACGAACUUCCCGGUCCGGGAGUACCAGCUGCGGAUCUGCGAGGCGGCUCUGCUGAGGAACACGCUGGUCUGCCUCCCCACCGGCCUGGGCAAGACCUUCAUCGCCGCGGUCAUCAUGUACAACUACUACCGCUGGUUCCCCGCGGGCAAGAUCGUGUUCAUGGCGCCCACGAAACCCCUGGUGGCCCAGCAGAUCGAGGCCUGUCACGGGGUCAUGGGGAUCCCGCAGCCGCACAUGGCCGAGCUCACAGGAUCCACCGCAGCGCAGGACCGGCGGGAGCUCUGGCGCUCGAGGCGUGUGUUCUUCCUCACUCCUCAGGUGAUGGUGAACGACCUGUGCCGGAACACCUGCCCGGCGGCCCAGGUGAAGUGUGUGGUGAUCGACGAGGCCCACAAGGCCACCGGGAACCACGCGUACUGUCAGGUGGUGCGUGAGCUGAGCAACCAAUCGCAGCGGUUCCGCGUCCUAGCGCUCAGCGCUACACCUGGAGGAGACGUCAAGGCGGUGCAGCAGGUGAUCUCGAACCUGCUGAUCUCUCAGAUCGAGCUGCGCUCCGAGGACAGUCCCGAUGUGCAGGCACACGUGCAUCAGCGCAGCCUGGAGAAGAUCGUCGUCCCGCUGGGAGAGCUGCUCACGGCCCAUCAGACCCGCUACCAACAGGUUUUAGAGAAGUUUACGUCCCGUCUGACCCAGAUGAGGCUGUUGAGUCACCGCGACCUCUACUCCCUCUCAAUGUACCAGAUCAUUCUGGCCCGAGAACAGUUCAGACGCAACCCACCGCCAUACGUCCAGGGGCCGCAGCAGGGGCCUAUCGAGGGGGACUUCGCUAUCUGCAUUACUCUGUAUCAUGGCUAUGAUUUACUGCAGCAGAUGGGCAUCAGAUCGCUCUUCCUCUUCUUCCAGAACAUCUUCUCUGGAGCCAAAGAGUCGUCUCGAGCGAGGAACGAGCUUCAGAGGUGCCCAGUCUUCAUGGACCUCUACAGGGAAAUGGAGAGCAUGUUUGCCACAUCUAGCCGAGGGCCUCAAGAUCCGUACGUCUACAGUCACCCCAAACUGCAGAAACUGGACGAGGUGGUGCUCCGGCACUUCCAGACACGGGCCGAGAGCUCAGAUUCUGAGGUCAGCACACGGGUCAUGAUCUUCUCAUCCUUCCGCGAGAGCGUGCAGGAGAUCGCAGAGAUCCUGAACCGCCAUCAGCCGCUGGUGAAGGUCAUGACCUUCAUGGGUCAGGCGUCCACUGGGAAAGGGGUUCGAGGAUUCACACAGAAAGAGCAGCUGGAGGUUGUGCGGCGGUUCCGCGAGGGCGGCUUCAACACGCUGGUGUCCACGUGUGUCGGGGAGGAGGGCCUGGACAUCGGAGAGGUGGACCUCAUCGUGUGCUUCGACGCUCAGAAGAGUCCGAUCCGUCUGGUCCAGCGCAUGGGCCGCACGGGACGCCGGAGACAGGGACGGAUCGUGGUCAUUCUGGCCGAGGGCCGCGAGGAGCGAAUGUAUAACCAAAGCCAGACCAACCGGCACAGCAUAAACAAGAGCAUCAUGGGAAACAAGCACAGUUUCCAGAUGUUUCCUCACAGUCCCCGUAUGCUCCCGGCGGGCGUCACUCCGGCGCUCCACAAGAUGCUCAUCAGCGUGGGUCAGUUCGAGCAGACCGCCGCCGCCGGCCGCCGCUCCACCAAGGGCCGCCGCUCAGCGCUGGGCCUCCAGACGGCGGGAGCGGAGCAGUCGUGUGUGAAGGACAAGGGGUUUCUGACCGCGGCUGAAGAGGUCGUGUGGAGGUCAACCAUGAGGCUGGGAGAGGAUGAAGCUCAGCCUGUGUUCAGACCAGCGUCUCUGAUGACCUUCAGUGACCUUCCGCCGUCAAUCCCAGCACCAGAGCCGAGUGUUGCGGGGCCCGUCAGAGAGCUGUCCCUGUGGGAGUGGAGGCACUGGCAGAACCGGCCGCUUCACACACACACUGUGGGACAUUCAGAACGAUGCCUCCAUUUCACAUCCAUCAUGGAGCUGAUCGACAGACUGAGGCAGGAGGAGCAGGGCGACUGUAGUUUUGAGUCCGAGCUCAAGCUGCAUCUACAGAAAGAAGAUGUUGAUGGAACAACAAACCCAAACGCCGACAGAACCCGUCUGAAGAAGAGGUCGAGAUCCCACGAUGCUCAGCGGGGAGAGAACGGCAGGACGUCGGCGAGACCGAUCCCGAGCGCAGAGAACCGGCUCGACACACACGACGGGUUUGAUCCCGAGUCCGAUCCGGCAUCCCAACACGAGUGUCUGGACUGUUUGCUGGGAGAUCCCGAGGACGAGAGCUCGGAUCUACAGCACAUGUUCUAUCAGCCGGAGCAGAACCUCGGCCCGAAACGCUGCCGUCACAGUCUCACGACCAAAGCCUUCCGGAGGAUCCUGGCCGACGUGGAGGAUCUGCUGUCCAGAUCGCCUCCGCAGGAGCCCAGCCUCCCAGACCUCGGCCUUCUCCCGACGGACACGGUUUCUGAUGCGUUCCAGGUGACGUUCAGCCUGGUGUCGGCUAACCGAGAGCGUGAGGAUCCCGGGGCUCUCUCUCCGGGCUGGGACGAGCUGUUCGACGACGAGGACGAGGCCUUCACGAGAGCGGAGGAGGAACGGGAAGAAGAAUGGGAAGAGGAACAGGAAGAGCUUCGGGAAAAGGAACGGGAAGAGCUUCGGGAAGAGGAACAGGAAGAGCUUCGGGAAAAGAAACAGGAAGAGCUUCGGGAAAAGGAACGGGAAGAGCUUCGGGAAAAGGAACGGGAAGAGCUUCUGGAAAAGGAACGGGAAGAGGUUCAGGAAAAGGAACAGGAAGAACUUCGGGAAAAUGAACGGGAAGAGCUUCAGGAAAAGGAACGGGAAGGGCUUUGGGAAAAGGAGCGGGAAGAAGAAUGGGAAGAGGAACGGGAAGAGCUUCAGGAAAAGGAACAGGAAGAGCUUCGGGAAAAGGAACGCAAAGAGCUUCGGGAAAAGGAACGGGAAAAGGAACAGGAAGAGCUUCAGGAAGAGCAGGACAGCCUGGACCUGUUCGGAGACGACGAGGCUUUUCUUCAGCUGAGCAUUCCUGAUAUCCGGACGCCGGAUAAGAGCACUGAACCUGAAGGAGAGCAGGCUGACGAGCAUGACCCAGGAUCCGGUCAGGCGUUCCACUGCUCGCAGGACUUCUUCUCUGUGAACUUUGACCUGGGGUUAGAGUCCGAGGACGAGGAGUGUGUCGACUCAGUGUCUCGUCCUCGUCCGGUCGCAGGAACCGCAAGAUCUCAGCAGUCGCAGACGAGACCCAGCGCUUCCACACCGAGCCGUGUGUUCCCGGGUCAGGCGGACCGUGUGUUCCCGGGUCAGGCGGACCGUGUGUUCCCGGGUCAGGCGGACCGUGUGUUCCCGGGUCAGGCGAGACCCAGCGCUUCCACACCGAGCCGUGUGUUCCCGGGUCAGGCGGACCGUGUGUUCCCGGGUCAGGCGGACCGUGUGUUCCCGGGUCAGGCGGACCGUGUGUUCCCGGGUCAGGCGGACCGUGUGUUCCCGGGUCAGGCGGACCGUGUGUUCCCGGGUCAGGCGGACCGUGUGUUCCCGGGUCAGGCGGACCGUGUGUUCCCGGGUCAGGCGGACCGUGUGUUCCCGGGUCAGGCGAGACCCAGCGCGUCCACACCGAGCCGUGUGUUCCUGGGUCAGGCGGACCGUGUGUUCCCGGGUCAGGCGAGACCCAGCGCGUCCACACCGAGCCGUGUGUUCCCGGGUCAGGCCACUCCAUCUCUGAGGACAGAGCUGUUCCAGCGGGGUCUCUCCAGUGCAGGGGUGUUGAGCAGCGACAGCGAGGGCGAGACGCCUCUCCGGACUCCAGCUCAAAAGGCCAAUCCGGUGUUUUCCCCCGAGUCGAAGAUGUGCAGUGACGUGGAGUCGCCCGUUCAGGCUCGCAGGAAACCCGCCGCUGCGCUGAUCACGUCGGAGGACAGCGACGAUUUCCAGGAGGACGCUCCUCAUCGGCCCAGCGACGCCAAGCCCCGUCACCGCAGAGAGCCUCGCAAGGUUCUGCGUCGCACGGCCCGGCAGUUUCUGGACGAGGAGGCCGAGCUCUCGGAGGAAGAGGAGGUUUCGUCCGAUGAAGAUGAUGGAGAUGAACAGAACCGUUCACUGCAGGGGUUUGUGGUCAACACGACCCAGUGCUCUCAGGGUCUGAACGACUCUGAGAUGCAGGCGUUCUAUCUGAAGUCGGUGAGGAGUCCGGCGCUGCAGAACCGGGUCCGGAUGACGUAUAAACCCAAACACAACGUCAAUGUGUUCUCACAGGUGCCGGAACAGGACGAGACGUACGCAGAAGACAGCUUUGUGUUUGAUGGCAGUGAAGAUGAAGAUGAGGAGGGGGGUGUGUGUGACGAAGAGCCCGUGGAGCUGAUCGCCGAAGACUCGUACGUGGACGGCCGGAGACUCUACGCCACGCGCCGCAGGGUCCGCAUCCGAGCCGCGAACGCCACGCUUCAGCCGGAGAGAAGCAAGCGCUCCCGGAUCCUGCGUGUUCAGGACUCCAGUGAGGAAGAGGAGGAGCGUGAGGGACGAGACUCUGUGUUUAAGGUCCCGCAGUGUGUCCAGAAGCGGCAGAGACUGGCGGAAGAGCUCCACGUCCACACGGAGAAACCGGAGAGUGUGUCCGACGCUCCUCUGAGGGUGUUAGUGGACAGCCGCUGCAUCAGCUCGGGGUCAGAGGUCGUGUCUCGUCUGCGUCUGCGCCACGGCCUGCAGGUUCAGGUGUGUUCCCUGGUCAGCGCAGACUUCAUCGUGAGCAGCCGCAUGUGUGUGGAGUUGCAGAGCGAGUCCGAGGUCUCGAGCGUUCAGAACCGCAGACGCCUGACGGAGCGCAUCCAGCGGCUGCAGGAGCAGUACGAGCGCGUGUGUGUGAUCCUGCAGAGUGACCGCUGCAAACCGGGCGAGGUGGCGCGAGUGUUUCAGCGCAGCCGCUCUUACGACGGGACACUAGCGGCGCUGGUGAAGGCGGGCGUCCGGCUCCUGGUCAGCAACGGCCCGGACCAAACCGCCUCGAUUCUGAGUGACCUCACGCAUGUGGAGAGCAGGAAAGGUCAGGCUAUCGACGUACCCCUGGAGGUUAAAGGUCACCGGCAGCAGGCUCUUCAGUUCUGCCUGACGCUGCCGAACGUGAGCUACAUCACUGCGCUGAACAUGUGCCAUCGCUACAGCUCCGUCGGUCACAUGAUCCGCAGCUCAGUGCAGGAUCUGCAGGCGUGUGCGCGUGUGAGCCGCUCCCGAGCCGAGGGCAUCUACCGCUGCCUGCGCUACAGCUACUGCUGCUAAUGCUAACUCGCUCACUCUGUGCACUUUAACACAUUAUGAACUAUUGAUUUAUUAUGAUGAUGUCACACAGACGGGGGAAUAAUCAGGAUCAUAUCGUGAUGUCAGUGUGUGUUUUCUGUUAAGGAAAGUUCUGUACAGAUCGGAUUAUGAAUGUUGCCAUAAUGGUAAUUCUGUCAUGAAAUAUUUAUGUUUACAGGGGCCAUUUUAAGAAAUAAAAGAGCUCUCUGUUUUUAAUAA